AGAGAGAGAGAGAGAAGAAAGAGAGAAAUUGGCGUUCAUCAAAUGAUCAAAAGCCCUCCCUGGACGCUUUAUUUGAACUUCCUCUUUCGUCGAUUCAAUUUUUCUUCCUCUCAUGCGGCACUUCUGUUCUGAUUCAAAUGUAGAGAAAUUUUGGUGAUCUAGUUUUUUUCUACAGGAAGAAGAAGGGGAGAUUGAAGCUCUGUGGUAAUCUGAAAUUUCGGGCAGACUUGAUAGUGAGAUGAACAAGGAACAGCGACCGGAACCUCUUGAUUUCUUCAUUUGGACUAUAGAGGAUGUUGGUUUGUGGUUGGAAGAGAUAAAUCUUGGAAGCUAUCGUCAGAUCUUUAAAGAAAACGGGGUCAAUGGAGAGUAUCUUGAAGGCAUGUCAAUGUUCACAACUGAGCAGAUUCUAAGGUUUAUCAGACGAUGUCAUAUGAAAUGGGGAGACUUCAUCACACUUUGUAAGGAGCUCCGACGAAUUAAAGUGGCUUGCUUGAAAGGAGAGCAAAAGGUACGACGGCCGUGGUGGGCACCAUCGUGUCUCUCUAUGGUGUUUCUCAAGGUGGCUAAGCGUAACAGACAAUCUCGAGUUGUUUCCUUGAAGCUGGAACCAUAAGUCGAUCAUCUUAUUUGUAUGCCCUCGUGUAUUUCUUUUUAUGCGUGAAGAAUAUAAAGGUAGAGAAGAAACAUAUUAGUUUACCCUUUUCUUAAAAUUUUAAUCAGUCAAUAUUACCUCUUUUCUUCUUCUUUGUUUAGAACUAUGUUUAUAUUAUAUACAAGGUUUAUGUGUUCAGUUUGACAA